AUGUAGCAGUCCAAUCCAAUCCUCUAGAUAAUCUCAAACAUUCUAGAUGAAAUAAUCAAAGAAACUGAUGUUCUUGAAUUAGAAUCCAAUUCUAUCUUUCAUGCUAUAACAGCACCUGCUAUCUCAAUUUACAAUUAUUUACAAAGAAUAAAUAAAUAUACACAUUGCAGUGAAUAAUGCUUUGUUAUAGCUCUUAUAUAUUUAGAUAGACUUUAAGAAAAACAUGCAAAUCUAGUAUUAAAUUCUCAUUGUAUACAUAGGUAUAUUUAUUAUUUAUAUAUAUAUCUUUUAUAGAUUUUUGCUGUUAGCAAUUGUAACUGCAAUUAAAUUUUAAGAUGAUGAUUAUUAUAAAAAUGAAUACUAUGCAAAAAUUGGUGGAAUAAAUCUUAAGGAAAUAAAUAAAUUGGAAUAAGAAUUCUUGGAAUAUAUGAAUUAUGAUUUAUUUAUUGAUGAACAAUAAUAUUAAAUCUAUGAAAAUAGAUUAUUAGAAUAUGGUGAAAUAGAAAUGCCUUGA